CAAAGCCAACCUCCAAGUGUCCAACCUAUAAAUAACUCCUCUAAUGUCUUGCUCUAGAGUCUUGAUACUAAAUGCUAAUAGGCAGACACUCAACAGCAAAAAAAAAACUCGAAAAAUCAUAUUUGUGAUCAUAUUUUAGGGUUUGUGUAAAGCUUCUCUUCAUUAUUAGUCCUCUCCUCGUUCCUUCUUCCUCGUUUAGACCCUGUUUGGACUGAUGUGAUUGGUGCGGCAUUUGAGUUAUUUUAUCAUGCAUGUGCAAAUGAAAAUGGGAAAGAGCUUAGAAUUUGACUGAUGAGACAGGCAUUUUAGGUGCCUUCAUUUUCUUGGUUCAUGUCAUACGGAGUAUUAGUCUUUCCUAUUAUAAAUCUCCAAGCUUGGCACUUACUAUUUACAUAUCCAAAAACUCCCCUAACUCUCUCUCUCUCUCUUGUUGGGUUUUCAACUUUUCACUCAUCCUCUUUAUGAAGAGAUUAUUGCAGUAAAAAGAAGCCUGAUAAUUAAUCUCUAUCUAUCAUGCCCCCCCAUGCACAUAUAUGUUUCUAGCAGCACCUCAAGUACAGAAAAGAAAAGAAUUCUAAAGAAGUGCUACAAACCCUUCAAGCAUGAAGUUUAUGAAGCUUGGAUCCCGCCCUGAUACUUUCCACACAACUGAAGCUUUGAGAUCAGUUUCCUCUGAAGUUUCAAGUGAUCUCAUUGUCCAAGUCAAAGGAAUCAAAUACUUACUUCACAAGUUUCCACUAUUGUCGAAGUGCCUGAGGUUACAGAGAGUAUGCUCAGAGCUGGAGGGCCGCCGAGAAACGUCACCGCCGCAGCAAAUUGUGGAACUCCCGGAAUUCCCGGGCGGCCCGGAGGCUUUUGAGGUCUGCGCGAAGUUCUGUUACGGCAUCACGAUCACCGUCAGCGCCUACAACUUCGUCUCCGUCCGGUGCGCCGCCGCGUACCUCCAGAUGACGGAGGAGGUCGAGAAAGGGAACUUGAUAUACAAAUUGGACGCCUUUUUCAAUACUUGCAUUCUUCAGGGGUGGAAAGAUGCAAUUAUUACACUCCAGAGCACAAAGGGUUUCCCAUCGUUGUCGGAGGAGCUCGCCAUUACGGCGCGCUGCGUCGACGCCAUAGCUUUGAAGGUUUUGACCCACCCCGGGAAGAAGAAUCUGUCGAGAAGCUACUCGACGAAGCGAGAGGAAGCCGUUCCUUUCUACGGGUCGAAAGGCUGGUGGGCGGAGGAUUUGGCCGAAUUGAGCGUUGACCUGUACUGGAGGACGAUGAUCGCCAUUAAAUCCGGCGGGGGCAGAGUUCCGGCCAGCCUAAUCGGCGACGCGCUAAGGGUUUACGCCUCCCAUUCCCUCCCGAACAUCUCGAAGCCGUUGCCGGAGGAUUCGGAUUUCUCCAAACACGCCCUAAUUUUGGAGUCGAUUGUGAGCUUAUUGCCCGCAGAAAAAGGGGCGGUUUCCAGCACCUUUCUUCUGAGAUUGCUCAAAGCAGCUGCCAUUCUCAGAGCUUCAAAUGCUACAAAAAUGGAGCUGGCAAUAAGGGUAGGGAUUCAAUUGGAAGAUGCCAACGUUUCUGAUCUCUUGAUCCCAUCUGAGCCGUCCAAAGGUGAGACGAUCUACGACGUGGAUCUGGUGAUGACGAUGUUGGAUCAGUUCAUGUCCCAGGCGCAGCCCAGUCCUCCGACGAGCCCUCCACGGCGGAGCAGAGGGGGGUUCGAGAGAAGAAGAAGAUCAAGGUCGGCCGAGAAUGUCGAUUUUGAGUUCCAGGAAAGUAGGAGAUCUUCCUCUGCUUCACAUGCCUCGAAGCUGAAGGUAGCCAAGUUGGUGGAUGGCUAUCUCCAGCAUAUUGCGAAAGACCCAAAAUUGCAGCUGUCCAAAUUCAUAGCCGUUGCUAAUUCCAUCCCUGAUUUCGCAAGAAUCGACCAUGAUGAUCUCUACAGAGCUAUUGACAUCUAUCUUAAGGGGCACCCAGAACUCAGCAAGACAGAUAGAAAGCACCUAUGCAGGAGUCUGGAUUGCAGAAGGUUAUCAAUGGAAACCUGCAUGCAUGCAGCACAGAACGAGCUUCUCCCUCUCCGGGUAGUCGUGCAAGUUCUCUUCUUCGAACAAGCAAGAGCCGCCAUCUCAGGUGGGCACUUGGCAGAGCUUCCGAGCAACAUCAAGGCCUUGAUUGCCAAUGCAGCAGCGCCACGAGACGAUGACGCAAGCAAGAAGACAUCUGCUGCUUCUUUUGCAAAUGACAAAAUCACACAGAACUCAAAUCUUGCAACUCUUAAAAUGAAGAUCGCAGAGGACUAUGAGUUGGAUGGUGUUGCCGGGAAGGAUUCAAGUCCAAGAAUGCUCUGUGCUCCUCCCAACCGGCCCAAGAAGAUGCUAAGCAAGUUGUGGUCCAGCAGGAACUCUUCUAGUCAAAAGAGCUGAAGAAAGUUUUGCUCAUUUUAUCAAUAUAACGUAUAAACAUAGGCUUGAUUUGGUUUUAUUUUUUCUCCCAUUUCUCUAGUCUUUUUCACUUCUUAAUUAAUAUGCUCUGUAAUCUUUAGUAAAUGGUAAAUCUUAAUGUCUAUAGUUCGUGUAACUUAUGCUAAUAAAGCGCAAUAGUAUUUUGUUUUUCAAGUAAACAAAUCGGGUGUUAAAAAAUUUUGAGUCCAUGGUCUAUUUAUUGGUCUAUUGUUUGUGCAUCCCG